CUGGACGCUGCAGAAAAUCUGACACAAAACGGGCUGUGCAAAAAGUCCCUCGAACCAAACUCUUUUCUUAAACCCGCCCUUGGCUUCCUGAGCCUUCUCUCCCGCCAUUGAGACUCUAUCCACUUUUUCUGAGCCAUCGCAAAGAUGUCCGCGAUAUCCUUUCGCGGAGGCAACGUCGGGGAGCACCCGCCCAGCCACGGCCACAGGCUAAGCACUUCAAGGCCGCGCCGAUUUUCCACUGCACAAGGACCAAGCGCUGAAGAGCUCAACAGUGCGAUACAUCUUCAGUACAGACAGGCCCACGAGGGACAUCAGCCUCAUGCCGGACUUGACCCAUCGCGUGCUUCCACGGGAGUUAUCUGGUGCACUGAGCGAGCCUAUGAACAUGGCUUCGCGGAGAAUCCACAUCUGUGGGCGAACCUAGGUCAAGGUGCUCCAGAGGUUGACGACGAAAUCGAAGGUUGUUUCCCACGUCCCGAGAGCAUCAACAUCUCUCUUACUGGGAGAGAGUAUGGUCCUACUGCUGGAAUCAAGCCUCUUCGAGAAGCUGUCGCCCGCCUCUACAACGAGCACCAUCGCCAAGGCAAGGACAGCCAGUACACAUGGGAGAAUGUUUGCAUCGUCCCAGGUGGGCGCGCUGGGCUGAUCAGAAUCGCUGCUAUUCUUGGCAAUUCCUAUCUUGGCUUCUUCAUUCCCGAUUACACUGCAUACAACGAGAUGUUGUCCCUCUUUAAGAACUUCACCCCACUUCCCAUCCCGUUGAACAAAAGCGACAAUUACCAAAUCCACUCCGAGAAAAUCGAAGACGAAAUUGCUCGCGGAACCUCUGUCAUCUUGACCUCCAACCCGCGUAACCCAACAGGCAAGAUGAUUCCCACCGACGAGCUCAUCGAGAUCCAGGAUCUCUGCCGUGACCGCGCCACCUUAAUCAUGGACGAAUUCUACAGCGGCUACAACUACACUACCGACUGCGACGGAACAGUCAUCUCCGCCGCUUCCAACGUCGAAGACGUUGACGAAGACGGCGUCCUCAUCAUCGACGGCCUCACCAAGCGUUUCCGACUUCCCGGGUGGCGUGUGGCCUGGAUUCUCGGACCUAAGGAGUUCGUCAAGGCUCUCGGAUCUUGCGGUUCCUACCUCGACGGAGGCACCAACGUUCCGUUCCAAGAGGCCGCUGUCCCCAUGCUCGAGCCGGACAAUGUCCGAGCUGAGAUGAAGGCUCUACAAACGCAUUUCCGCGAAAAACGCGAUUAUGUCGUGGAUCGUUUGCAGAAGAUGGGAUUCAAGCUGAGCUAUACUCCUGACAGCACGUUUUACUUGUGGCUCAACUUGGAACAUCUGCCACAUGAGAUUAAUGAUGGGCUGAACUUUUUUGCGGCUUGUCUAAAGGAGAAAGUUAUUGUGGUGCCGGGUAUCUUCUUCGACUUGAACCCUGCGAGGAGAAGAGAUUUGUUUGACAGUCCUUGUCAUCACUACGUUCGCGUUUCGUACGGACCGACGAUGGAGGUGCUCAAGCAGGGUAUGGAUGGAGUGGAGAGGGUCUUGAAGAAGUAUGGCGCACAUGCGGCUGAGGAGUGAGUGCUGCCGUAGACCUGCGGAAAUGGAAACUAGCGGACAAUCAUGAAGAAUGCAUACACGGCCUUGGUAAACCUACGAUACAAAGAGACGGUAGAGUGUUAGACAGAUUCCUAUCUGAUCUUCUCAUUCUUUAGUGCAAUUCUGGCUGCACCACGCUCUCUCGCAAAUGAUCGACUACUCCAGACCAGUUCCCGCUCUGCCAGGUCAAAAUGCUGAACGGGACUGGCGAGAAGCGAAAGAAGCCCAGCUGUCGGAAUGCGUUUCCAAGAGGGAAGGUGGCAAACACGAACCAUACGACCACCCAAAGUGCAGUGAUCAACAAGCGCAACCUGAGUCCAAAGCCAUGUCUCCAGAAUUGAGAGCCCAUGAUACCUCUCGCUAUCGCCGCAACGAAAGCUUCUACACCCAACGCAAGAAUCUGAGACAUGAAGAAGCAGACUAUGCAGAGUUUGAGAUGGAAGGCCGAUUCUCCACCUGGUAGAUUGGCAUAUAGUGGGUCGCGGGGGACGAGACCUGUAUACAUCAGUUCUGUUUGUAUCGAGACGAAGGAAUUAGGUUGCUUACCAGCAUGCAUUAAACCAGAGAACCCAAACCCCGAUACCGCGGCCCAUAAGUACCGCUCGAAUUGAUCGUCAUACAGUUCGGCAUAAUCCGAAAAGGCAUGCCCUGGCGCAAUCACGGCAACAGUAAAGAGACUGUGCUAGAAUCCUCCACGUGCCCAGAAGCCUCUGACUCCACGGCUGAGG